AUGAGGAUCGGGGCUAAAAAGCUAAAGAUCCCAGUGUGGUUGGUACAUCUGAGGCACAGGGCCACUCACUGGAAGACUCCUCCAUCCCUGAAGUCGUUGCGACAGGGAUGUGAGGCGGCGCUGGAGUGGCUCAAAGAAGAGCACUGGGCCAAGUAUAAGGAGACUGACCUCAAGCGGCAGGAAGGUGGCAUGUUAAAAAGAAUCAAAAAGUCUGCCUUGCAGUCCAGGAAUCAGUUGAUUGAUGUGCUGCUGGGGGAUGGAUUUCUGGUUCCUACAGUUGGGCAGCUGGAAGAAUUUGGCUGUGACACCUCAUACUGUGCCAGUCUCACUGAGCCCAGAUUGCCAAAAACGUUUCUGCGCUUUUGGCUGCCCCUGCUUAAGAUGGUCAGCUCACCAGCAUUUAUCCAAGUCUUCCUUGAGAAGCUCUUUGCGAAGCAGAAGCUGCUCACCAAAGAGCCCAAAGGUCAAAGGGCUUUCUACAUUGCAGCCUGGAUUUCAGAAGUCCUCCUAUGCAAUAGGAAGAAAGGUGCCAGGAGGAAGCACAGGAUCUUUAGGAACCGGAUCCAGCUGAAGGGGUUGGACCUAAUAUCUUUGUGCCUGGAUGCCCCCUCCAUCAGCAUGCCUCACCUGCUCCAGUUAAUCCUGGAUGACAUGGAGCACUGAAAUCAAAAUAUAAAAAUAAAAUCUGUUCAGAGAUAUUAAUAAUGUUCAUAGUUGAUGUCUUUAAGUUGAUUAUUUCAUGUCACAUA